GGGAGCCCUGGGGCCUCUCCCGAGGAAGCUGAGGCAAGCUGGGCGGAGUUAGAAACAGACCCCAGUGAGGAUUUCUGGCCCUUGGGAAUUAAAGGCUUCCGGACGUACUCUGGAGAAGUUUGCUUACCGCGUACUCUUCAUCUGCGGACCUUCUCUGGAGAUUCUAUAAGCAAGCUGGAAAAUUAGACAAGAGAGUGGCUACAAUGACUUCAGCCGUCCUGGUGGACAUCCGAGAUGAAGUCACCUGCCCUAUCUGCUUGGAGCUCCUGACAGAGCCCCUGAGCAUAGACUGUGGCCAUAGCUUCUGCCAGGCCUGCAUCACAGGCAACAGUGAUAACUCAGGGCUCAGCCAAGAAGGGAGGAGCAGCUGUCCUGUGUGCCGGACUGCCUACCAGCCUGGGAACCUCCGCCCUAAUCGGCACCUGGCCGCCAUAGUGAAGAGGCUCAGAGAGGUCGAGUUGGGCCCUGGAAAGCAGCUCGAGAUCAUCUUUUGUACACUUCAUGGAGAGAAACUCCAGCUCUUUUGCAAGGAGGAUGGGAAGUUAAUUUGCUGGCUUUGUGAGCGAUCUCAGGAGCACCGUGGUCAUCACACAUUCCUUAUGGAGGAAGUGGCCCAGGAGUACCAGGACAUGUUCCAGGAGUCUCUGAAGAAGCUGAGGAGGGAGCAGCAGGAAGCCGAGAAGCUAAAAGCUCUCAUCCAAGAGAAGAGGGAAUCCUGGAAGAGUCAGGUAGAGCCUGAGAGACGCCGGAUCCAGACAGAGUUUAAGCAGCUCCGAAGCAUCCUGGACAGGGAGGAGCAGCGGGAACUGAAGAAAUUGGAAGUGGAAGAGAGGAAGGGGCUGAGCAUCAUAGAAAAGGCCGAGGGUGAUGUGAUCCACCAGAGCCAGUCACUGAAAGACCUCAUCUCAGACCUGGAGCAGCGGUGCAGGGGUUCCGCAGUGGAACUGCUGCAGGAUGUGGGUGAUGUCACAAAAAGGAGUGAGUUCUGGACCCUGAGGAAGCCCCAAGCUCUCCCCACCAAGCUGAAAAGUGUGUUUCGAGCCCCGGAUCUGAAGAAGAUGCUGCGAGUGUUUAGAGAGUUGACAGACGUACAAAGCUACUGGGUGGACGUGACUCUGAAUCCACAGACUGCUAAUUUAAAUCUUGUCCUGUCGAAAAACCGGAGACAGGUGAGGUUUGUAGGUGCCCAGCUGUCAGAGCCGCCCAGUCUGGAAGAACAUUAUGACUGUAGUGUCCUGGGCUCUCAGCACUUCUCCUCAGGAAAAUACUACUGGGAAGUGGAUGUGACCAGGAAGACGGCAUGGAUCUUGGGUGUAUGCUGUACCCCAGUGGAGCCCAUGUUCUCUUUCAGCCAGUACUCCAGCAAACAGGGUGCCUACUCCAGGUAUCAGCCACAGAGUGGAUACUGGGUGAUUGGGUUGCAGCAUAAGCAUGAGUACAGAGCCUAUGAGGACUCCUCUCCAUCACUGCUCCUCUCCAUGACCGUGCCACCUCGACGCAUAGGGAUUUUCUUAGACUAUGAGGCUGGCACAGUGUCCUUUUAUAAUGUCACAAACCAUGGCUUGCCCAUCUACACCUUCUCGAAAUACUACUUUCCUACUGCCCUUUGUCCAUAUUUUAAUCCUUGCAGCUGUAUCGUCCCGAUGACACUGCGGCGUCCAACUUCCUGAGGUCCUGCUACCCCUGCCCACAACUAAGCAGAUUUUUUUCAAACAUGACUCCUCUCUGAGUCUCUUUUCUCCUAGUAGGAUACCGCCCAUUGCUGACAGUGAGCACCCUUGA